AUGUCUAUCUAUCGGCUUAUGUCUUGGAUGCACUCUGGUGGUAAUCUAUUAUCGGAAACUAAAGUCUCGCACCUAGUGAAAGAUGUCAUUCUGGCGGACGAUUUCGACUGCAAGGAUUUUGAGAAUUUCUCAGACGUGCAAGCUGGGGCGUACCAUCUUUUACCUUUCAAACGGUUAUGGAAGGACCCUCUAGACGGUCAUGAAGAGCGUAUUUACGAUGAGCUCUACACUUCGGAUACCUGGCUAGAAGCUCAGGAUGAGAUUCAGAGGCUGACAAAGGAACCUGGAUGUUCACUGGAAUGUGUCAUCGCUGGUCUGAUGUUCUUCUCCGACGCUACACAUCUAGCAAACUUCGGGACUGCCAAGGCCUGGCUGUUGUAUAUGUAUUUUGGAAACUUGACGAAAUACGCACGGUCAUCACCCAAGUCAGGGGCAUGUCACCUGGUAGGGUUUUUACCUUCGCUUCCUGACAGUGUCAAAGACGUUUUGAAUUAUCCUGAAAAGGCUCUAAUCGCGACCAUCAAAGAGAUGGGCUUGUGUCUGUGCCCUCACUGUCUGACACCGAAAAGCCUGUUUAAUUUUCUUGGGCUUUUGAGGGACAUGAGAAGUCGUGUUGACAACCUUCGUGAGUAUGUGAUGACGAGGGUAGUCAAGGCUCGUGGUUUUAUCUACGCGAAUGGAAAUACAGUCGACGGUGUCAAGGUAGAACACAUUCUUGGAGAGGGCUCUUGGAUACCUACUCUGAAUCAAUUUGCCAAGAAGCUUGGACCGCUUGGCUUCGACUCAUUCCGCAUGCUCGUAGUUGACUUCAUGCAUGAGUGCGAACUAGGCACUUGGAAAGUGCUGUUCACUCACCUCCUUAGACUCCUCCACGCCCUUCCUCGCAGCAGUGAGCUUGUCGCAUCCCUCGACAGCAGGUUUCAACAGGUCCCGACCUUCGGCAACGGUGUUAUUCAAGUUGGAGGUACACAAUCCUCUAGCAGCCAACCGUCAACCAAUCCCCCCCCAUUGGCGUCCUAUGAAAAGCAUCACCACAUCGCGACUACUCAGAACAACCCAAUCGAUGUUUUUGCUUUUCUCAGAGAAAAUGAUGGUGAUCCUGCCCUUAAGAAUUUUGUCCCAAAACUAAGGGACCACAUCAUCUAUAGGUUGCAGGAGCUAGAUUUUAGCUGUUGUGACCAUACAUUCACGGAUGAUGAACAAAACUCUGUCAUUAUUCCAAAUAACACAAUCUACUCCGUCCAGACUGUGCAGGUGUACUAUACGACCUACGACUUAAGGCGCGAGUACGAUAUGAUCAACCCUAGAACACACGGGGACAUUAUGGUGCUUUCGGGCGAGACAACCCCUAGGCACCCCUACUGGUAUGCCCGGGUAUUGGGCAUUUACCAUAUGGAGGUAUGGCUCAGCGAUGGGGCUCAACCAGUGAAGCGGCAUCUCGAGGUGCUCUGGGUGCGAUGGCUAGCAGCCAUACAGGGCUAUAGGUCUGGCAUUAAAUAUGCUCAUCUUCCAAAGAUCGGGUUUGUGGAGGAGUCUGACCGAGAUGCUUUUGGGUUCCUUGAUCCUGGGCAGGUGAUUCAAGGGGCACAUCUGAUCCCUGCAUUCGCUGCAGGACGUGGUGUGAGCUCACUGCGCCAUGCAAAGUCUCUGGCGCGCCCUGGAGGACAGCUGGAUGACUGGGAGGAGUUUUAUGUUGGGAUAUUCGUCGAUUGUGAUAUGUUCAUGCAGUAUACUGACCUUGGUGUCGGACAUUCUCCAAUGCUAUGCAAGAUCAUCAGGGCUUGCCUGGGCUCUGCAUCAGUGGUACUGGCCAAUUCUACAAACAAUAUAAUUGAAGGUAACGAGGACGAUGCAGACCGUGAGGACAUCGACAAUGGUGAAGGCCACAAAUACAACAACAUCGACGAUGACGAUGACGAUGACGAUGACGAUGACGAUGACGAUGACGAUGACGAUGACGAUGACGAUGACGAUGACGAUGACGAUGACGAUGACGAUGACGAUGACGAUGACGAUGACGAUGACGAUGACGAUGACGAUGACGAUGACGAUGACGAUGACGAUGACGAUGACGAUGACGAUGACGAUGACGAUGACGAUGGUGACGAUGACGACGAUGACGGUUAUGAAGAAUAUGAAGAGGUACUUAGCGACAGAGAACUAGAUGAGGGAGCUAUGGAGGACAAUGAUGGUGACGGGUAUGAUGGGGAUGGUGACCAGUUCGAUUACGAUGAUGUCUCUUUUUAA